AGGUGAGCUUAUUACUGAUACAGAGAGAAUUGUGGUUAUGUCAGAAAUGGAUAGAACAACGCCCAUUUGAGGCCCUCUUUCUUAUCUUCCCUGAAUCCCAUCGUCUUCUCCAGUUCCUCUCUCGGAUUCCUCACUCAUCAAUGGCGGCUAUUUCCUUAGCUUCCGCUUCUACUUCCUCUAACCUCCUUUUCCUGCAUGCCUCUGCUUCUCCCUCUUCCUCCCCUUCUUCUUCUUCCCUCUUCGUCAAACCCUCCUCCUCCUCCUCCUCCGCUAUUAAGCUUUCUUCCUCCUUCUUGAACCCUUCUUCUAUUCGCCCUCUCACAUUCUCCUCCCCCGCUGUAAACCCUCCUCGUUCCUUGACGAUUCGGGCCGCCCGUGGGAAAUUUGAGAGGAAGAAACCCCAUGUCAAUAUCGGCACAAUUGGGCAUGUCGACCAUGGUAAAACCACGCUCACUGCCGCUUUGACCAUGGCUUUGAGCAAAGCCCCAAAGAAAUAUGACGAAAUUGACGCCGCACCUGAAGAGCGAGCUCGGGGUAUUACGAUUAACACCGCCACCGUUGAGUACGAGACUGAGAGCCGACAUUACGCCCACGUUGAUUGCCCUGGCCAUGCUGAUUACGUCAAGAACAUGAUUACUGGUGCUGCUCAAAUGGAUGGCGCAAUUUUGGUGGUUUCGGGCGCUGAUGGCCCAAUGCCACAAACGAAGGAGCAUAUUUUGUUGGCUAAGCAAGUGGGUGUCCCCAAUAUGGUGGUGUUUCUCAACAAGAAGGAUCAAGUUGAUGACGAGGAGCUUCUGGAGCUUGUGGAAUUGGAAAUGCGUGAGUUGCUUUCUUCCUAUGAAUUCCCUGGUGAUGAUGUCCCAAUUAUUGCUGGUUCUGCUUUGUUAGCUUUGGAAGCUCUAAUGGCAAACCCUGGUAUUGUUAGAGGCGAAAAUGAAUGGGUGGAUAAAAUUUUUGAACUUAUGGAUGCUGUUGAUAGCUACAUUCCAAUACCCGAAAGACAAACAGAUCUUCCAUUUUUGCUUGCUGUUGAAGAUGUGUUCUCUAUUACUGGUCGUGGUACUGUGGCGACCGGGCGUGUCGAAAGGGGCACGGUUAGGGUGGGAGAAACAGUGGAUAUUGUAGGACUAAGGGAAACUAGAAACACAACAGUGACAGGAGUGGAGAUGUUUCAGAAAAUUCUUGACGAGGCUUUGGCUGGGGAUAAUGUAGGGCUGUUGCUUAGAGGCGUUCAGAAGGCUGACAUCCAAAGAGGGAUGGUUUUAUCCAAGCCUGGCACUAUCACCCCACACACCAAGUUUCUUGCAGUUGUGUAUGUGUUGAAGAAGGAGGAGGGUGGUAGACAUUCACCCUUUUUUGCCGGUUACAGACCGCAAUUUUACAUGAGGACGACCGAUGUCACAGGUAAGGUGACUUCGAUUAUGAACGACAAGGACGAGGAGUCGAAAAUGGUGAUGCCGGGUGACCGAGUUAAAAUGGUUGUGGAACUGAUUAUGCCGGUGGCUUGUGAACAAGGAAUGAGAUUUGCCAUCAGAGAAGGUGGAAAGACUGUAGGAGCUGGUGUGAUUCAAUCAAUAAUCGAGUGAGUGAGUGAGAAGAAGAGGCAACUUAAUUGCGGAACCAACUGAAUUGUUCUUUACUCCUUUUCAGUUAGGCUAAAUUUGAACCAACAUCAAUGAAUUUUUGAACUUUUUUCUCUUUUGUGCAACAUUCUGGAUUCAAUGCCAUAUAUUUGUUCUCUUGUUGGUCGGGUCGAACGCAUCCAUCGUGGCUGGAUAAUGUUUCUAUGGUUGUAUAUUUGCAGAUACCUUUUUUUCC